AUGGCUCCUCCUUCUGCUGCCGAAAGUGAAGCUCACCAAAGACUCCUUGACCGUCUCGAUAUCGCGGCCGUUCCCCGCCCCUUCCGAAGCCAGACCUGGAAGCCAUCUCAGCGACGAAACAAGAACGUUAAGCAGCUUCUCUCCGACAGCUCAAGAAAGGAGGCGUCUUCGAUUGCUACGCAGGUUAAUUCCGGUGCAACUACUCCCGGAGCCGCCGCUAGUACAGAUGGGAGCCAGACCCCUGCUGAGGGCAACCAGCGCACCGCGAACAUCGCCCAGGCUGCGCAUAACCUGCAGACACUUGUUUUAGAAAAGAAUGCACGCGCUGCAUAUUCUUCCGGACCAUCCGUAACCUACACCAAUAUCGAGUCCGCGCCUUCACUGCACCCGUCGCAGCAACGGCCGUAUUGCGACAUUACUGGACUGCCGGCUUCCUAUACCGACCCGAAAACCCGGCUGCGGUAUCAUGAUAAGGAGGUGUUCGGUGUUAUUCGAACCUUGGGGCAAGGUGUGCCGGAGAGUUAUCUUGAGCUGAGGGCUGCCCAUGUUGUGCUCAAAUAG